CCCUGGAGGGGUGCUAUCCCCGAGGCUUAUAAAUACUUAACGUCGGAACGUAAAGAGCACAAGUUAACCGACUCUCGUAAGCAGCAGCUCGACCCGCAACCCCCACAAAAAAAUCAUCAUGUUCAAACUUUGCGUAUUCCUUGCUCUCGUCGCUCUGGCAUUCGCUGCCCCAGCUCCUGAGCCAGCGCCUGGAUUCGUGGCCGCUUAUGCAGCUCCGGUGCUCUCGUCGAGCAGCCAAUACAUCAACAGAAAUUACAACGCUCUGGCUGCUGCUCCCCUGGCUUAUGCGGCGGCGCCUCUCGCCUACGGAGCUGCUGUGCCGGCCUACCCUUAUGCGGCUCAUUACGCCCCUCUCUAUCUCUAAGAAGAUAAAUCACUGAUAAAUAACUCUCGAUUUAUGAUUUAAAAGCCUCCACACAUACAAGACUCGCGGAACAGCACCAACGGAACAUUCAAUAACGACCAACGAAGGAAAUCAACAACAACGAAAUACACACGAGCAGCCUCCACGUUUCGAAAACACUCUACAAUUUUACAUUGACUAAUGCAAGAUUCAUGAAAAUCCUCAUUUUUUAACUAACAGCAUCGUCCCCGCAUCGAAAAAUGAAUUUUAAAAAAAAACCAAAUCAUCGCUCCGAAUGACCAUCUCUGAUUUACGAUAGCAAUAAAGCAUUCAAAAUAAAAUAAAAAAAAAAUUUUAAAAAAAAAAA